GAUGCGAUCUGCAAGACGUCUGGCCUGCACUUCAAACACGACGAAAGUGGAAGUCACUUUAUAAAGCCAUCAUGCAUCAGGCUAAUCCUUCGUCGAUCCGGCAUCGAAUAUAGGUGUGAAUGUACGUGACAUUUUGCAAUAGCAAAGGAAAUACACAUGUGAAUAUUGUAUCAGACAUGAUUGAAAAUAUAUUCAAUUUCUGGCACGUGGCAUGACAAUCUACCAACCUAGCAUUAUACUGUAUUAUUCAUCUGGUUCAGGGAGACAAUACAGUGAUAAAGGAAGGCAAACGUUGCGGAAUGAUUGCUUUCGGUGGCUGGAUAAACCGGAUGCUCUUCACAGUACGUUUCCUUCAGUUUUUCAGUUGAUUAACACAUUUUUAAACCAAAUAACUGGGGUAUAAAAAAAUAUGAACGAAUUUACUUCCUUUGGGUGGUGGAGGCUCACGUGGACAGAGAACCACCCACUUCAGAAGGCUCCUUUCCCGAGGUCUCCCCACGUUUCCUCCAAGUGGUGGAAUAGCAGGUGCCUCUCAGCCAAGAGUGGUUUCCGGGUUCCCCAGCCUGGCCCCACCCCUCCGCGGACCACUCGCUGCAGGCGUGUAUGUGAGGCGGGGCUGAUGCUGACGAUGACCAAUGGGAGCCGAGACGGGCGUGGUCUCUCGCGUGGGCGUGGCCGGGGCGGGGCUACGCGCAGGCUCCCAGGCCAGCUCCUCGGCUUCCCAACCUUUUUUCGUUUCCCGCAUCAGUCCCCAUUCCGGCCGUGGCUGAUCCUGAGUGGAAAGCGGUGGAAGGCAGCCGUCGCGGGGAACACUCUUUUGGAGGUGAUGUUUGCAUAAUUGAAAGGUGAAGGGACAGCGAAAAUGUCAGCCCUCAACUGGAAGCCCUUUGUUUAUGGAGGGCUGGCCUCCAUCACGGCCGAAUGCGGCACAUUUCCAAUUGAUUUAACCAAGACACGACUUCAGAUUCAAGGCCAGACCAAUGAUGCCAACUUUCGAGAAAUUAGGUACCGAGGGAUGCUGCAUGCAUUGGUGCGGAUUGGCCGGGAAGAAGGGUUGAAGGCCUUGUACUCAGGGAUUGCCCCUGCCAUGCUCCGCCAGGCCUCCUAUGGCACCAUCAAGAUUGGCACUUAUCAGAGCUUGAAGAGAUUGUUCGUGGAACGCCCAGAAGAUGAAACUCUACUGAUCAACGUCAUAUGUGGAAUUCUUUCUGGAGUCAUAUCUUCAGCCAUUGCCAAUCCAACCGAUGUACUAAAAAUCCGAAUGCAAGCACAAAGCAACAAUCUCCAAGGAGGGAUGAUAGGUAACUUCAUUCACAUUUAUCAGCAAGAGGGAACAAGAGGUCUGUGGAAGGGUGUGUCCCUCACGGCGCAGAGGGCUGCUAUCGUUGUUGGUGUGGAACUUCCAGUCUAUGACUUCACCAAGAAGCAUCUGAUGCUCUCGGGUCUCAUGGGAGACACAGUCUAUACUCACUUCCUCUCGAGCUUCACCUGCGGUCUCGUGGGGGCCCUGGCCUCAAACCCCGUGGAUGUUGUGAGAACACGAAUGAUGAAUCAGAGAGUUCUUCGAGAUGGCACUUGCUCUGGCUACACAGGUACCCUGGAUUGCUUGUUACAGACAUGGAAGAACGAAGGAUUUUUUGCCCUGUAUAAAGGGUUCUGGCCUAAUUGGCUGAGGCUUGGUCCCUGGAAUAUCAUUUUCUUUGUGACUUAUGAGCAGCUGAAGAAACUGGACUUGUGACACAAGUUCAAGGCUGCCUGAGGCUACCUUCUCAAAGCGCAAACUUCUGCAAUAGUUGAGCUUUCUGUAUUCCACUCUGCUUCUCACUUGGCUCAUCACAGCUCUGGGAUGGGAGCCGCAGAUGAAGACUGGGUUCUUUCGAUUGCUAUGUGUCAGCAUCAAAUGCUCUUCGCCAGUGCUAAUGGCCUGAAUUGUAACCUCCAGACACCAGUCCUUACCAUUGAAGUGCCCUUUGAUACCCACAAUCAUAUACACAAGUACAUAUUUCUUGUUAUAGAAAACUUGCAA